GAAACGCACCAAAUACGGUCUAAUGAGCACCCACGGAAGCUCGGUUGCUGACAGACCCUCUACUUGUCCCUGAGAAAGACAGAAGCACCACAAACAGCCAGGAGAAACUCUGUUCAGUCACGUGUUGUUUGUCUCCUUCCUUCCCAUCCUCCUCUAUCUCUUUCUCCUCCUCCUCCAGCGUCUGAGUUGUAAUCAGACGGCGAAUCACGGGAUCCCGCGCGCAGCCCGGCCCGUGCGGUCCGGCGGUGGCUGGGAUUGGGUGGGGGGUGUGGUGGCUGAGGACGGAGUCACGGGAUUGGUAGAGUUCAGCGCCGAACUUGUUGGCACAGAAGCUGGAGCUGCUCCUCCAAACGUCCGUCUCGACGCGGAGCUGUCCGGGAAGCGGCGGUGCUGAAGCUGCUGCUGCCUUUCCUCCCCUCUCUCCCCAGAUUAUAAUCUCUGAUUAUCUACAGGUUUUUGUUUUAAAGUCGAGACGUUUGAUUCAAACGUUAUUUGGCAGAAACUCCUCCUCCCAUCCAUUCAUCCAUCCAUCCAUUCAUCCAUCCAUUCAUCCACCGCCGCUCUCUGUCCAUCAGGAGCGCACCUGGUUUUCGAACUUCAGCCGAUCAAACCAAAGACCCUCUCUGGAUCGCAGUCAUGGCUUUCAUGGUGAAACACGUGGUGGGGGGGCAGCUGAAGAACCUGACAGGCGGACUGACGGAGGAGAAACCCGAAGGGGAGAAAUCAGAUGCCGCCGCGCAGGGGAUGACUCAAGAGGAAUUCGAGCAGUAUCAGCAACAGUUAGAGGAGGAAAA